UGAACAGUUUUCGUGCCGUGCACUUUGUGUGGACGGAGAAAAGUCAAAUUUCGUUGUGCGUGUAAAUGAGAGAGCGAGAGAGAGUGCGCUUCGAAAAAAUCUCAGUUCGUGAUAAUAAAAACGUGUGUAUGAGAAAUCGAUAAGAGCAGCAGCAGCAGCACACACACACAGUGGCUGUUUUGGUAUGUGUGUGUGUAAGUGUCGGCAAGUGUUAUAAAGACAUGCAAAUAUCUUGAAAUUAAUUCAAAGAGAGGCUAACAAAAAUUUCACUAGAAAUGCAACUUAAAAGUGAGACAACGCACAAGAAAAUCUCUAGCGAAAUGGAGAAUACACAAACUACGGGAUUUCGACGGGAUUUGGGAGAGUUCAAUGACCUUUUAACCUGUCGCAUUUGUCUCGGUUAUAUGAUAGAUCCCACAACAGUCGACUAUUGCUAUCACACAUAUUGUCGCAGUUGCAUUUUGAAGCAUUUGCUACGCGAUGUUUAUUGUCCACAGUGCAAGGGAAGCGGUGGCAAACAGAUCACCGAAGAUAACCUAAGAUCCGAUGACACUUUGCGUGCUCUGAUUUAUAAAAUGGUACCGGGUCUCUAUCAACGUGAAUGCGAUCGUCUUGUUGAGUUUGAGGAACAGCACAAGGAACUCGAUGCUGAAGAUGUGCUGAAAACGGACAAGGAACAGGAGUUCUUUACGCCGGCAGAGCCUAUAAGUUUAUCGCUAGAAUAUCAUCCUGCAAUGCUGAAACACUGCAGGGCGUCCGAUAAGCCGCCAGUGUGUUACCUACAGUGUCCAGCUGGGUUGAGGGUUAUGCAUUUGAAGCAGUUUCUCUGCUCCAAGUACGACAUCGAUGCGCAGAAUAAACAAGUUGAGGUCGAGGUCACCUAUGAGGAUGAGGUAUUGCCGCCAACUCUGACGCUAAUGGACGUUGGCUAUUGCUACCACUGGCAACGGCACGCGCCGAUGUCCUUUCAAUAUCGAAUUCUUCUCUAUGAGAACGAAACAACAAAAAACGAUGAAAACAAUUUAUCAAAGGUUAAUCAGGAUAUUGAGUUAAGACCCGCUGUGGCAGCCACAAAGAGUGGCAAGUCUGUGACCUUUGCCGAUGAGGUGGACACUCAAUUCCCAGCCCGCACUCCGCCCCAGAAAACCCGCAGUAAAUCCUCAACGAAGGUCAACAAAAGCAAGAGGGUGACCCAAGUGACACUACCGGGAAAACGUGAGAGCUCCGCGGAGGAAGCAGCUCAAUCUCUGAGCAAUUUUAAGAGUCUGCGAAGCAAUGACAUGAGAUAUAGUGACUAUGGAGUCACCUCGACUCCCCUGUUGCGUGUGAAGAGCGAACCGGAAGCGGAGGAGCCGUCUAGCCUGGGCGUGUCCAAUAUGAACAUUGUGGUGAGCAUACCACAAUCCCAACUCAGCAAAUCUGCGGGCUAUGCGGACGAGGAAGGCUUCGAGCUGAAGACGGCAAACAGAAAGAAUCUGCCCAAGCUCAAGAUUGAGCUGACCAGCAUGAAGGCGAAGCUAACGAUGCCCAAAUCGGCGGAUGCACGACUCGAGGAUGUGCAGCAGCAAUUGGAUCUGGAGACUUAUGCCAAGAAUAUUGGGCUGAAACCCAUUGAACCCGCCGCCAUUGCUACAACUGCAGUUACUCCCGUUACUCCAGUUACUCCAGCUACUCCACUUGCUGAGGCUUUAAAGUACAGUCCCAAUGCCUCGCCCAUGUCAUCGUGUUCCUCUUCAACGAAUGGUUCCAAUGGCACUUCCAAUUCAGCCUCAUCCACCACCUCCUCCUCCUCGUCGCAUCGCAAGCGCAAGAAGAAGCACUCGAAGGAGCCUAAAGAUGCGAAUGGUAAACGCAAGAAACUCCAUGCGGAAAUCUCCUCACAAACGGAUGGCAAAAUGAAAAUGAAGAUUACAACGACGCAUAAUCACAAGGCGCAUAAAUUGGAUUUAAAGAGAUCACAUUCUUUAGCUGGCGGAGAAAUUGCCGCUCUCAAUCAAUUGAAAUUGGUGGAGGAGCAGGUGCAGCGUAAGGAGAGCGAAUCCUUGAAUGUCCUCAAUAGAACAUUGGGCGAGGAAGCGCGUAGUAUCAACAAUUUGAUGACUGCGGGAAAUUCCAUGAAUUCAACGGAUAAACGUGCUGGCAAUUUACCCGCCUCACCGCCCUUGCCGCCGAGCCUCUUCAAGUCCUUUGCCCCCGCCAGCAAUCAGUUGCCCAAGGCAGCAACACCGCCGCUACAAGCCGCUGCAACAGCAAUUGCUGCAACUGCAGCCAAAUCAAAGCUAACAGCUCCACAGAAGUCUAUUAAACAACCGAUCAUGAGUCACAUUAAUCGCAAGCCAUCCUUAACGCCUUGUGCAAGUCCUAAUGCCAACAGCAACGCCAUGUUGCUGACUGCAACAGCCACAGCAACAGCAACACCACAUUUUGCGGUGCCACAAGCUCCUUUAAUUCGCCAGGCGCCACAUCAGAUGCUACGCUACCUUUCCACGCCCAGUUCCAUUGCCAGUGCUGCCAAUAAGCAGCCAAAGCGCACGCUGUCCUUGGACGAGCAGCAACAGCAGCAACAGUUGCUGGCGAAACAGCCGCGUCUCGAUUAUCAGCAACAAUUGGCGGCCAAAUUGAAAGCGGGACAAAUGCGACUCUAUGGUCCCGAUUUGUCCAAGCCAACAAAUAUGCCCAUGUUGUGCCCCACCAGCUACAGUCCACCAACAACAGCAACAGCCACCAUUGGCGGCGGCUCUGUGACAAUUACACCGCGACAACGCAACACAACAGCAAUGCAUGGUCUUAGUUAUCCCUAUAACGAGAGCAACAGCUUAAAUUCGCUGCCCGCCUUGGAGAUUGUGCGUCUGGGAGCAACAACAACAACUGCUGCAGCGACAGCAGCAGCGACAGCAACAACAACUGCGCUAGCUACAGCAACGGGACGCUUGAUGGGGCCACCAAAGCAGCCGGCAGCGAAACGUGCAACAGUUGCUCAGACAGCAGCAAUGCCAUUGCCGUUGCCGUUGCCCAUGCCAGCAAUUGUCAAGUCGCCGCCGCUGUCAGUUGCAUUGAGUGCACAGCGCGGCAACAGCAACAACAACAACAACAACCAACGCAACCACAGCAACAACAACAACAACAACAACAACAAUGCGGCUUAUCGCACAUCGCCGCCUGCUUUAAUAAAUCUGCGCUCGUUUCCAUCAAAGUCAGCAGCCAAAGUUGAGCUGAAUUCAAAGAAAUCCGCAACAACAGCAAUCGCAGCGGGAGCGGCAGCAACAGCAACAACAACAACAACUGGCAAAACGAAUGGCACAACUUUGCUGGACAAGUCGAAAACAAGUUUGCGUGAUUUUCGGCCGCCGUUUGUAGCAGCAGCAGCAGCAACAACAACAGCAAAAACCAAUGUUGCAGCCAGUACAACAACAGCAGCUAAGGAUGCCGACAACAUACUUGAUUUAUCAGCGGGCACAGGACGCAAAACAGCAACAACAACAGCAACAACAGCAGCGGCAACAAGCAGCAGCAACAGUUUGGAGGCAGCACUAAAUAAAAUCAAGCAAAACAUAUCCGCCAACAACAACAACAAUUGCACUGUUGCUGCUGCCGCUGCUGCUGCUGCUGCUGGCGAUGAUCUUCAAAAUCUGCAUAUGCUGUCCGAAUCGGCAACAGCGCGCGAAAAGAUCUCGAUAAAGGCCGGCAACAGCAACAACAACAACAGCAACAGCAGCAACAAAAACAGCAGCAACAACAACAACAGCAGCAGCAACAACAAGAACAACAGCAGCAACAUCUAUGAGAAUAAACCAAAGAAUGCAUUGGUGCGACCACAAAAUGCCUCAGUGCGCAGCAUACCAAAUCCAUCGGCAUUGGCCUUUCGCAAUCAGGCCACACUCUUAACCAGCAACAACAGCAGCAACAACAGCAGCACCACAACAACAGCAACAGCUACAGUUGCUGCCAACACAGCAACAGCAGCAAGCAUUGCUGCCAAGCCGUUGACUGUGAAAGCCGAGGAGAAGUCCAAAUUGUCUACAGCAACAAUGUGUCUCAGUCCUAACAACAACAACAACAACAGCAGCAGCAACAACAACAACAACAACAGCAAUGCUGCCACUUCACCGCGUGCCACAAAGAAAGCAACAACCAUUGAUCAAGUGGCGGCCAAUUUGAAUAUACGUGCCGAGGCCAAAGCUGCCGCACUUGCCGAGGAGGCGCCACCAAGCAGUGUUGCAAGUGUUGCAAAUGUUGUUGCUGCCAAAACGCCGGAUUUAGAGAAGCUGCCCAGCAGCAAUAAUCUGCUUAAAACUGAUGUCAAAGAGUCAACAGCAGCAACAACAACAGCAGCAACAGCAACAACAACAGCAACAACAACAGCAGCAACAACCGCAGCAACAACAACAACAGUGUCCGCCGUCAACGUCAACGUCAGCGACGCUUUGUCAAAGCCGCCCGUGCAAAUCUCCGCUACCGACACGCCGGUACCGGUGGCAAGUUCCGCUUAG